AUGCCAUCAGAUGACUUGUAUCUUGGGCCGGAUGAUGAGGUGGAGUAUGAAUCCAUGCCCCUGCACAUCAGUCGGGAGCUAUAUCUCGGCCCAGAAGACGACUUCAAUGGUGGGAUUGGUGCGCCCGAGCCAUCCCACCGCGUGAGCAGUGAUCCCCCAGGCCAAGCCAUCAGUCCGGCACUGCACCUUGGGCCGGAAGAGAUGUCUGAUGAACACAUGGAAUAUUUGAAUCCACCCAAUGCCGAAUGCCUUCCGGCACCUCCGGCCCUUGACAACAAAGAGCUCCAAGCUAUAGUUCGGGAGUUCUGGCCUUUUGGGUCAUAUCAUGAUGUGGGAUCGCAUCGUUCUCAUUGCUAUCAUAGUGUAGAAUCUUCAAACCCGCCUGGCCGACUUCACAACUACUCACGAAAACCUUCCAGAGCCGUCCAUACCGCAGCUCCUGGAGGCAGAGCGACCAUUUUGAACUGCUUGGGUGGAGACAUCUGA